AUGCAGUACCCAUCACCACCGACACAGCUCCAUAAACAAACAAGGAAAACAGAUCAGUCGUCGAGCCUCGUCGCUCCGAAGAUGUUGGAAUACGUGAACGGCGUCUUGCACUGCGAAGACGUGGACCUGGUGACCCUGACUGAGGGCCUCGGGGCAAGGGGUAUCCCCACGCCUUAUUUUGUCUACAGCGAGGGGCAGAUAAGGGACAAUGCCAACGGCUACCUGUCAGAAAUUCCCCCCGACCUCCGCGAUCGGAUCGUGGCGGGCUACGCCCUGAAGGCGAACCCGAACCCGGGGAUCCUGGGCGUGCUGCGGCGCGUGGGCAUGGGGGCGGUGGCCGUGUCGGGGGCCGAGAUGCGCCUCGCCCGGCGGGAGGGGUUCCCGCCCCAUCUCAUCAUGUUCAACGGGAACGGAAAGGACACCUGGGAGAUCCUCUACGCCGUGGGGCAGGGCUGCCUCAUGAACAUCGACUCCCCCUUCGACGCCUCGCGGAUUGCCCUCGCCUGCGACGAACUCGCGACCCCCGCCUCUCUCUUCAUCCGGGUGAAGGCUGCCUUCCCCCAGCUGGACUCGGUCCAUUCCUACAAUCGGACCUCUGCCGGAUCCAAGUUCGGGGUCGCGCUCGAUGAGGUCGAGGAGAUACUUCAGCAAAUAAAGAGCCACCCUCGGAUGAAGCUGAUCGGGCUCCACUCCCACCUAGGCAGCACCAUCAAGGACACCUCUACUCUUGUGGAAAACUUCCGCUUCCUUGCCCGUCUCGGCGACCAGGUAAGAAAGUUCCCCACCAAGUCUUCACUCAAGUCUUCCCCGCUCCGCGCCGACGGAUGGAAGGACCUGGACAUCCUGAACAUCGGAGGCGGCCUCGGCAUCGACUACCAGAGGGACGGCUCCCCCCACGCACCCCUGCCGAGCGACCUCAUGCGUCACGUCGUCUCUGCGCUGAGGGAGGCCGCCUUCCCCUGGCGGCUGUGGCUGGAGCCUGGCCGCUCCAUCGUCGGCAAUGCAGCCGUUCUGGUGACUCGGGUCCUGGGAGUGAAGGGGAACGAGACGAAGCGAUUCGCAGUGACGGACGCAGCCAUGACCGACCUCAUCCGACCGAGCCUCUACGGCGCCUACCACCAUAUCAGCCUCGUCGUUCAGGGCCAACACGAGGAGUCGGAGGAGAUGGACGUGGUGGGCGGGGUGUGCGAGUCGGGCGACUUCCUCGGGAAGUGUCGGCGACUCCCCCGCUCGAUCCCCGCGGGGAGCCUCGCGGCCAUCUGGGACGCAGGGGCGUACGGGGCGGUGCUGGGAUCCAACUACAACCUCCGGCCCCGGGCGGCCGAGGUCUUGGUCGCGGGGCAAGGAUGGAGGGUCAUCCGGCGCAGAGAGACUUUCGACGACUUGGUCCGGCUCUAUGACGAGUGCGACUGA